AUGCCUGCGUUCCCGCUGGUUCCUCUGCUCGUGGCGACACAGAUAGCGGGCGUGCUCGUGGCCGUGGUGCUAGUAUACUAUGCCAUUUGUUAUCUCGCCUCACCCUUGAAAGACAUCCCAGGCCCGUCUCUUGCCAAAUUCACCAACCUGUGGCGCGUACAUGACUACAUCCACCUGACAUCGCCGGGAACACAAAAGAAACUGCACGCAAAGCAUGGGGUGGCGGUUCGACUUGGCCCUAACCUAGUUGCCCUCAACGACCCAGCCUUGAUUCCAAUCAUUUACAAUGCUAGGGGCAGCUUCAGGGAAGCCAUCAUCUACCACCUGCUCCGCAACCCGUCCGUUCUCGACAGGCUGCGGGCAGAGCUGGACGCAGCCGAUUUGUCCCAUCCACCCAAGUACGAAGAGGCACAUGACAGCAGAAAGCUUCCUUACCUUGAUGCCGUUAUCAAGGAGGGCCUGCGCAUGCACCCUACUUACUCACUGACAAUCCUCCACGCCUCAGUCCCCGAGCCGGGCCUGACCCUCCCAGACGGCCGCUUCAUCCCCGCCGGCGUGAACGUCGGCCUCAACCCGUCCGUGAUGACGCGUGACCGCAACGUCUACGGGCCGGACGCCGACGUCUUCCGCCCGGAGCGCUGGCUCCCGCGGUACGCCGAGGGCGGGCCCGAGUAUGCGGCGCGGCUGCGGCGGAUGGAUGAUCUCAACACGUUCGUCUGGGGCGGCGGCAACCGCACAUGCCUGGGCCGGUUCCUGGCGACCACCAGCCUGUUCAAGGUCACGGCCAUGCUGUUCCGUCGCUACGACAUCGAGCUGGAGGAGCCGGCGCAUGAGUGGGAGCUGAGGAGGCGCUGGAUGGUCUACAAUGAUAAAAUCAGGGUGAGGAUCGCGCGUCGCAGUGGACCUGUAUGA